AUGGCUGCUGCUGUGUUGCCACACGACCAGCUGGUUAACAGCGCAGGUCGACGGAAGCGACGCACCCCAACAACGACGCCGACAAUCACACCAGCAGCAGCGGACUGCCAGCACGAAAGCGGAGCGCACACCCAGCACCCGAUACCCACCCCGUGUCGGCCACAUGCUAUGAUGCGUCGUGCAGCCGCCCUCGCCAACAGCCGCAGCUCACGGUCUCCGGCUGCACCUCCAUCGACCCCAUCCCGCCUCUUUGACGGCGCUUUCGCCGACCCGUUGCAUCUGCACUGCUGGUACCCCUGCGCGCGCAGCACAACCACCAUCGUCAACAUCAUCAGCAGCAUCAACCCAUCGCCGCUGGGCGAACCGUCACCACCCUCUGGCCGCGGCCACUCGACGGAGGCAGCAACGGCGCACCCGGCAGAGAAGCGAACAGCUGAGGCACAGCGCGACAAUAUGGUGCCAGCACACGUCGCCGUGUACAGCCCUGCAGCGUGCGCCGCUGCUGGCGAUGCUGGCGACACCAACGACGGCAACAACAACGACAACAACAUCAACAGCGUCAAUGACGACGGCAACAGCGAUAACGAUGGCUGGAACCAACACCCACUCGAGCGCAGCCCGAUGAUUGGUGCGCAUGCGAGCGCCGUUUCCCUCAUGGGUGCUGUGGAGACGUUCAUGGUGAUGAUCAACUCCAUCAUGGGCCGCGACAGCCGGCGCUCUUUGCUCCACGUCAUCGUGAACAAGCGGCCCAUCGGGUGGCUGCUGUCGCUAUUCCCUUUUCCAACAGCAGAAUCGAACGACAAGGACAGCAGCCGCAGCAGCAGCCAUCACCACCACCAGCAGCAGCAAUAG